GCAGCACUCCCGCCGGCCCCGCGCGCCCUGCGACCCUCCCCAGCGCCGCGCCCUCUGCGAGCACAGGACCCGGCUCCGCAGCCCCGAGCCCUCCACGCCGCUUCCCUGCAGCCGCGUCCUCGCCGACCCCGGCCCCCGGAGCACCCGUCUGGGGCGACAGUUCCCCGAGGCCGUCCAGCCGGUACGGUCCAUCAGUCCGUCGAGUCCGUCGCGUCGUCCCCGGUGCCAUGCCAUUCCUCGGGCAGGACUGGCGGUCCCCCGGGCAGAGCUGGGUGAAGACGGCCGACGGCUGGAAGCGCUUCCUGGAUGAGAAGAGCGGCAGCUUCGUGAGCGACCUCAGCAGUUACUGCAACAAGGAAGUCUACAACAAGGAGAAUCUUUUCAACAGCCUGAACUAUGACGUUGCAGCCAAGAAGAGAAAGAAGGACAUGCUGAAUAGCAAAACCAAAACUCAGUAUUUCCACCAAGAAAAAUGGAUCUAUGUUCACAAAGGAAGUACUAAAGAGCGCCAUGGAUAUUGCACUUUGGGGGAAGCUUUCAACAGGCUGGACUUCUCGACGGCCAUUCUGGAUUCCAGAAGGUUUAACUACGUCGUACGGCUGUUGGAACUGAUAGCAAAGUCACAGCUCACGUCCCUGAGCGGCAUCGCCCAAAAGAACUUCAUGAACAUUUUGGAAAAAGUGGUACUGAAAGUCCUCGAAGACCAGCAGAACAUCAGGCUCAUCAGGGAGCUGCUGCAGACCCUCUACACGUCCUUGUGCACGCUGGUGCAGAGAGUCGGCAAGUCUGUGCUGGUCGGGAACAUCAACAUGUGGGUAUACCGGAUGGAGACGAUUCUGCACUGGCAGCAGCAGCUGAACAGUAUCCAAAUCACCCGGCCCGCCUUCAAAGGCCUCACCCUCACCGACCUGCCCCUGUGCCUCCAGCUGAACAUCAUGCAGAGGCUGAGUGACGGGCGCGACCUGGUCAGCCUCGGCCAGGUGGCCCCCGACCUGCAUGUGCUCAGUGAGGACCGGCUGCUGUGGAAGAAACUCUGCCAGUACCACUUCUCCGAGCGACAGAUCCGCAAGCGAUUAAUUUUAUCAGACAAAGGACAGCUGGACUGGAAGAAGAUGUAUUUUAAACUUGUGCGCUGUUACCCACGGAAAGAGCAGUACGGAGACACCCUUCAGCUCUGCAGACACUGUCAUAUUCUUUCCUGGAAGGGCACUGACCACCCGUGCACAGCCAAUAACCCAGAGAGCUGCUCCGUUUCCCUCUCACCCCAGGACUUUAUCAACUUGUUCAAGUUCUGAAUCCCAGCUCGGGACAACACUUCGAAGGGCUCCCCAGCUGAUCGGAUGGUUGGGAAUACCGUAUGAGCUCGGACACUUCCUUUGUAAAUAGUGUACAUUUGAAACGCUGGCUCAGAACUUGUGAGCUAAGUCACUGAGAGGACGUUGGAAGGGGAGAGAGAUGCAGCUGCCGGCUGGGAGUCUUAGAAUACAGACUUCUCAUUAGAACUGGUAUGGAAAAGCGGAAAUACUGUCCAUAAGCUGUUUUCCUAACUAUUUGCCGGCAAGACUGUAAGGGCAGGAAUUCAGUUUCGUCGGUGAAAAUGGAAUUCUCGUGUUCACUGAGACUCCUUGGUAGUUCCCUAGGGAUAUGGAAAAGAAGGGCAGAACUCGAAUUCAAGAUAGAACACUCUGUUUACAAUGUGAAAAUUUGCUUUUUAAAGAAAGAGAAGAGGACGACAUACGCGAAAUCCCUGUGCUUCGGUUUCAAUUGGGGGGGGAGGGGUUGUUUUAAAAAGGCAAAGGAAGCACCACCCAUCUUAAACCCGCGUGGGCAUAGGGCCUUGUCUUCCAAAUAUCACACAAUACUCUACCUCGGAAAGUACACAGCACCCCCUCUGACAAAGUGCAUUGUCCCGCAGGCAGUGUCUGUUUUUCUUGGUUUUUCCUCCUGGGAAAGUAGUUUCAAUAGGAAGGGGUCCUGGAGGCAAUCCUCAUCACCUUGCAGACCUCCUUUUUACGGGAAUAGGCACUCCUUGGCAUUGACUCCUUUCUAGAACAACUCCACAGCACAUUAGCCUUUUUUUUUUUCCUUUCGUGUGGUAGCUCAUUCAGGGGCAACAUAGGGCCGACUAAAAACAGCCCCAGAGGAAGAAGUCCCACCGCAGACAAGAUAGAAGGAGUCACCCAAUAGCUGUGAAGACUUUGUUAUUCCUGUUAAACUUCUUGGCUUGUCUGGGCUUCCCAGAAUAUCUUCACAGAUAAGCGUUCAUCUGUGGACUUCUGGGAGCCGGAGGGCUGAUAAAGGCUUGUAAAACAGGUUUUACGUAUCAAUUAGACAUUUUAGUAGCUGCUGUCCCUCCUGGCAGGCGAUGAGCGGAGGAGCUUUCUUUCCUUUUAUGCCCAACACCAAAAUUUACUCAGCCCAAGCUAUAGGACUUCCUGCGAGGAUGACAAGAUAAAACCUAGAGUUCCGAUCCUAGGGAACAGAAGUACUGUGUGUUCAUCCUAAACUUACUCCGUACCCCUGGGGAUCUUGCUAGGCAAAUGCCAGCAGGUGACCGUGUGGAAGACAGGACAUCUCAGGACUUCAUGAGUUCAUUGUCAAAUAUUCCUGGGAUGGGGUGGGGGAUGUUUUUGUUUUUUACUUUUUAUAGAACUUUGCUUUUCUACAACAAUGUACAUAUUUUGGCAGUUGUAUUUGCUUUGUGCUUUUUUUCCUCUUUUGCAAAUAAACUGGCCACCCUGCAUGCCCUUGGCAAGUAAGUAAAGCAGAAAUCGGAACUUGCUCACGUUCACGGUAGAGAACAGUGUAUCCUUAGGGGGUGAACCUAGGGGUGACCUGGGGAGGGGACAGGUGGGUAAGCAAGGACAGAAACAAGGCCAGGCACCAGCUGGAGAUGCACAGCCCCUUGCUGCUUAUCCCUCAGGGCACAGCCCGGGUACCAGCAGGCUGAAGAGAAGUCAAUUCUCCAUCAACCCUCCUCACUUUGCUGCGUCUGCGCCUACACGCCGGGGUGUCUCCGUAUUUAUUUUCACUUCUGCCCCCUCUAUCCGAGGAAAACAUUAAAUUGCAUUUAAAUUCUCCCCCACUGAGAAGAAUCAAACAUUAAAAAAUAAGACCUUGUUGCGUAAGGUUGACCUUCUGGAACCCCUCUAAGACCCAAUGGGCUUUUUUGGUCUUCCCUCCCUGCUGAGUCCACGUCACACUGAGAACGCAGGGCCUAGAUGGUGGAAUAAAAAAAAAAAACUGGCACUUCCAGAAUUCAGACAGCUUCUCUCAGAUGUCUCAGCUUCCUGAAAGAUGCAAGGCAGAGCUGGGUUGAUUGUAGCUGAGAUCUCUCUGGAAACUUUGACUCUGGCAUUUUUAGGUGUAGGCGUUCAUGGCCUUCCACAUCUGUCCAUCAACUCAUGACCUCUGCCACUUCAUGCUGAUCAGGGAGGUGGGAACUCCCAGGCACCCUUAGGUUUGCAGCCCCAGAAAUGCUGUCUGCUUGAGACCAUCAGCACAAAACUGGCCAACCGGUCUCCUUUGGACGGUCUGCAAUGCCGGCGACUGCGUCUCCUACCCUAGGCAGCAAGGCGUGCCUGUGCAGGAUGACUGCUACCACAAGUGGCUGGGAGAUGGUCUUCUGAGAUGUUUCCCUUGACGGUGCCUCUGGGCUCUCUCCAUCUCUGUUGGCAUUUUUGGACGUGGUAUGUGACAGAGCCGAGGAAAAUUUUUAAGGAAAAAAGAGAAGAAACCAACAUUGGUGGUUCUCCUUCAUUGGCAGACGAGACUAAGAAAGGAAAUGGCAGGUGGAGAGGGAUGGGGGAAGGAAUAGAAAUGGCCUCUCUUUGAUGCUGUGGUUCGUGGGAAGGUGACGGAGAACAUAGCAGGUGAGAGCGUCUGUGCUGGCGCCCCACGGUAGCUGUUAGCAUAACCAGAGCCUCACAUAUAAGUAAAGUGAAUGAAAAAGAAAAUUCUCAUUCCCUGGGUACUAAUCAUCUUUAGAAUUGGCAAACCCUCUGGGGACAACCCAACCUAAAAAACAAAGACAAAGAAUCCCCAUCUCAAAACUGCUGGUCUAAAAGCCAGAGGGACAGGACGAUGGAAAUGGAAAUUGCUGGAAGAGAUAGGAGGCUCCCUUCUUGUUGCUGUACCUACCUAGCCACUGCCCCUACCCCCUCCCCCGACCCCGGUAACGUAGAUUUUGACAUUGAUGUCAGCUAGGAAGUACUUUGGACUUCUGGAGAAGGGAGGAGGAAGUCCAGAGCACUGUGCGUGAGCACAAGUCCACAGGGAUGUUAGGUCUGAUCUGGUCCAAAGUAAGGGUAUACGAGCAACAAGCCUGGAGUCUCUUGAGAGUCAGGCACAACAUUUAGGGAAACAAUAGGUGAGCGCUCACUUCAUAGCAAGAUCUAGAAAAAAGUCCAUGGCAUCUUCAACUAGAGUGCAUGAUUACUUGAUAUUACUUUGAGCAGCGGGAUUGGUAGCAUGGGAGGGCGAGGGGCAAAAGUACAAGUAAAAACAUACCCAGUGGGUCAGCUGUGAGAUGACAUUUGUUUAGUGAUGAUCAGUUUUCUGUGGAAGUGGCCUGGAGGAGAUAUUUGAGAUGGGCUGGGUUGAUUCUGCAAAACACUCAGUACGGCCGUGGGCUUUCCUGGGUGAUGGAGAAGGAAGGUGACAAGCAGGUACCACGUUAUUGCCAUGAUUCCCUGUGGAUUCGAAAAGUGUUUUUCAUGGGGAGCUUACAAUUUAACAGAAGCUCCUUUUUUUCUGUGGUUUCUGUGUGGGAGAAGGGAGGGGUCUUAGAAUUUUACUUGUCUAAGCAAGUGGUGUGAUUUACAAGGUCAAUCAUUUUAAGACAUGUUCAACAGUGUAGCGUUUGUAGCAUUGAAUACAAUGUUUAUCAUAAACUAUACACCUGAGUUUAUAGUUUUCUGCCGGGCUAUAGGGUAAUAAUGUUUUGUUACGCACUCGAUUUUAUGUGUGAAUUUUUUUAACUGUAAUUUUAUGUGUGAAUUUUUUUUUUUUUAAACUAAACUAUAUCAACAUUUUCUAUGUGGA